AUGUUUUGGAGUUUGCCAAAUCAUUUUUGAGCGACGAAGUUACUAGGGAUUUCUCUCCAGUGUCUGCUAAGAUGCUCCGGUCUUUGGUUGACGCUAUUAUGUGGAAAAGACCCCGAUUUUCUCAAAGAUUAGAGAUGUCACUGGUACUAUCUUUCUGUCUUUGACCUAUCGAUUGAGGGGUGCUUCUUAUCGUAUCUGUGGUGCGCCCUAUCGCCCUAAAUCUAAGCGAUGGAAGCCUCACUAUCUUUGUAUGCUUUCGCCGCCCGUUAUCAUUAAAACUGUGGUUAGGAUUUCCAGAUUUGGGAGUGUUAACGCCGAGUGUCGCGCGGGCCUUCAUUCUUGAAAGGGCUAAAAGUAGCGCCUUCGCUUUGUUUGUAAUGAAAAGGAAAGAGAAGAUCUUCGGAUAUUUUUUCCAGGGGAGGACUUUCUUGAUCGCCUCAUUCUUCAACCAUGGGUUAAGAUGUGGCUAAAGUCUCUCCGAUGGUAGCGUAUAUUACGCUCGAGGCCCCUCGAGCCUCCUCUUGUACCAAUGUCUAUAUUCCGUUCUAGGAAUAAGGUCAAUUUCUUUUCCGGUAGUUAAAUUAAAUAAUAAAUAUUUUCGUAAUUAUAAAUUAUUUUAAAAUUAAAUUAUUUAAUUAUAAAUAAAUAUGUGCCAUUCUUUUUUAGACCAUAAAUUAGGAAUUGGGACAUAAGUACUGUACUAAAAAUAAGUAAAAAGUAGAGCAAGCUUUAAGCGGCAAGUCGGCAACAGCGGGAAUCACGACGGCGCAGCAAGGGAGUGAACUGUGAAGAGAGCCAUUCUCUUCAGCUGCUAUUACCCUACCCUAUGCGCUUCAAUCGGAGAAGAUAUUAGUUGUAGAUUUUGGUUACAGAGCUCGCCGGUGACUUGAAGAAGUUUGAAGAAGAAGUCACGAAGAUGUCAGACCUAGACAGGCAAAUAGAACAGCUCAAGAGAUGCGAACCGUUAAAGGAAUCGGAAGUGAAGGCUCUUUGUCUUAAAGCUAUGGAAAUCCUCGUUGAAGAAAGCAAUGUGCAGAGAGUGGACGCCCCUGUCACUAUAUGUGGUGAUAUCCACGGGCAAUUUUACGACAUGAAAGAGCUAUUCAAAGUGGGAGGUGAUUGUCCAAAGACAAAUUACUUGUUUCUCGGAGAUUUUGUUGAUAGAGGAUUUUAUUCCGUUGAGACAUUUCUUCUUCUACUAGCUCUGAAGGUGAGAUAUCCAGAUCGAAUCACUCUUAUCAGAGGUAACCAUGAGAGCCGCCAGAUCACACAGGUGUAUGGAUUCUAUGAUGAGUGCCUGCGGAAGUAUGGUUCAGUAAAUGUUUGGAGAUAUUGCACGGAUAUCUUUGACUACUUAAGCUUGUCCGCUCUUAUUGAGAAUAAGAUAUUCUCUGUUCAUGGUGGUCUUUCUCCUACAAUAUCUACAUUAGACCAGAUUCGAACUAUUGAUCGAAAGCAAGAGGUUCCCCAUGAGGGUGCCAUGUGUGACCUACUAUGGUCAGAUCCAGAGGACAUUGUUGAUGGAUGGGGACUGAGUCCUCGUGGUGCAGGUUUCCUUUUUGGUGGCAGUGUUGUUACUUCAUUUAACCAUACAAAUAACAUAGAUUACAUAUGCCGUGCACAUCAGUUAGUAAUGGAAGGAUUUAAAUGGAUGUUCAAUAAUCAGAUAGUUACAGUCUGGUCUGCUCCGAACUACUGUUACAGAUGUGGGAAUGUUGCCGCAAUUCUUGAGCUAGAUGAGAAUCUUAAUAAGCAAUUCCGUGUGUUUGAAGCCGCUCCACAGGAAUCGAGAGGAGCACCUGCUAAAAGGCCUCCACCAGAUUACUUCCUGUAAAACAACAAAAGGAUCCAGUUUUUGCCAUCAAUAUACCCACACUGUUGACAAGAUGGUUGUAGAGCGCAUGCAGGAGAUGCUCUCAAAUGAUUCAUACUAGAUCAGUUACUGGUUAUCUGGUAGAAGGCUUCUUGGGUUCUCAGAAAGAAUGGUACCAUUGUUUGGGUUUUCUUAUAUCUUACUGAGAUCCGAUUGCCAUAUUGCCCAUUUCCAAAUCCGAUAUUUUUUUCCUUGUAAUGAUGGUGUGUAAUAGAAUGGGACAUUGAGGUGAAAUUUGCAUUUGAGGCAGCUUCUCUCUCCUGUAAAGGAGUUGUACGACUGAAGUCGAGGACCACAUUUGAGCAUCUUGUUACAUAUGGACUUUGCCAGUCAGAAAAUGUUUUUUGUUUCUCAUGUUACAUUUAAUGCAAUUCAGGCUGCGGUAACAAAACUUCAGGCUGUGUUAACAAAGCUUGUACACAUUUUGUAAGGUUAGAUUGUUCGAUUUGGUGCAAGAUAUUAGGUGCAGGAAAGUUUUGUCCA